AAAAAGAGAAAUCAACAGUAAACUACCUUUUCAACCCACUAAGUCAUUACAAGCCACAACAGUUAUUACUUAUUACUACUCAAAAACACAUAUCAAUUUGUAUGCGAGUAGGUUCCCUGUCUGUAUCCCAGUCUUUGUAUUCAGCUCCCCAAACAUAAAUAGAUAUUUAUUAUCUGUUCGGACAUGGAUUGUGGGUUUUCUGUGGAUUUCUCUCUAGAUUUCCUUGGAAAUUGUCGGAGUUGCUCCUUGUUACGGCAGGUGACUUCAGCUUUCAGGCAGAUUCGUCAGAUUCAGGCUCUCUGAUUUUGGUAGAGAAUUGUUUUAAGAUUUUGAGCCCACUUACGAAGGAAGGACUCUAAACCUAUCCAGAGACUCUGGAUUUUGCGUACUGGAGGACGGAAUGGGGCAUUUCUCUUCCAUGUUCAACGGGUUAGCACGGUUUUCUUUAAGAAAAGGGAGGAAUUCAGGGAAUGAGGAAGGUCGAGAAAUUGCAGCGGAAUUGGCUAAGGAAGCGAAGAAGAAUGACCUUCUAUUGAGUUCUUCGGGUUGUGUAAAUGUAAAUGGUUCUAGAAAUUUCGCAUCGGUUUUCUCGAAGAGAGGAGAGAAAGGAGUGAAUCAAGAUUGCUUCAUUGUAUGGGAGGAAUUCGGGUGUCAAGCAGACAUGAUCUUUUGUGGGAUUUUUGAUGGGCAUGGUCCAUGGGGACAUUUUGUGGCAAAGAAAGUUCAAGAAUCGAUGCCUUCAUCGUUGCUGUAUAAUUGGCAGCAGACUCUUGCACAAACUUCACUUGACGAGGAUAUGGACUUGGAAUCAGAUAAAAAGUAUCGUAGAUUAAAUGUAUGGAAACAGUCCUAUAUGAAAGCUUGUGCUGCUGUUGAUAAGGAGCUUGAGCAGCACCGGAAAAUUGAUUCUUUCUGCAGUGGAACUACUGCCUUGACUAUUGUCAGACAGGGUGAACUCAUAUACAUAGCGAAUGUGGGCGACUCUCGUGCUGUAUUGGCAACCACAUUAGAUGAUGGAAGCUUGGUUCCAGUACAACUAACAGUAGACUUCAAGCCCAAUUUACCCCAGGAGGCUGAACGAAUAACUCAAUGUAACGGGCGAGUGUUCUGUCUAGACGAUGAGCCUGGGGUGCAUAGAGUUUGGCUACCGCAUAAGGAAUCACCAGGACUGGCAAUGUCCAGAGCAUUCGGGGAUUACUGCGUAAAAGAUUUUGGUCUUAUAUCUGUUCCUGAAGUCACACAAAGACAUAUAACCAGCAAAGACCAGUUCGUUGUGCUUGCAACUGAUGGGGUAUGGGAUGUGAUCUCCAAUCAAGAAGCGGUGCAAAUUGUAUCUUCCACGCCAGACCAGGCCAAGUCGGCUAAGCGUCUGGUGGAGUGUGCUGCUCGAGCAUGGAAGCGCAAGAGACGGGGGAUCGCCAUGGAUGAUAUCUCAGCUAUUUGUCUCUUUUUCCACUCUUCAACUUUGUUGCAUCAAGUUCACUCCGCUGUAACUGCAAAAUAGUUUAUGUGAAUGAGCUGAUAAUGGCUCCUUGUGUUAAUUAUUUGUGGUCCAGAUUUUGAUCAAGUCAUGCCAGACCUUUCUUUCACAUAUAAGUCAUAUUUCAUUCUGGUCAA